AUGCGGGUCGUUUGCUUGUUGGUUUGUACAGCCAUAUCGUCAGUGCUCUGUGGAUAUUACGCGACAUGCCCCGGGCAAAACGAGGAGAUGGGAUGUGCGGGUUGUGAGCCGAGCUGCGAGAAGCCCAAUCCGAGCUGCUACCGUAUGACGGCCUGCCAGACGGCGAAAUGCGUCUGUGUUUCGGGGAGCGUCCGGAGGAAUGAUGGACAAUGCGUGGCCCCGAAUCGCUGCAUUAACCCGUACCCUCAACCAACCCCGCCGCCACCGCCGACCCCAAAAAUCAGCACCAAGAAAUUUACCACGGCGACGUCCACAACGAUGGCAGAAACGGAAAAAUCGACAGCUACGACUACCGCCAGCAAGGCGACCGCCGCUCCGGAAAGCACGUCCCAGCAAGCGGAUACUACGGAAAUAACGUCGAGCACUAGCCAAAAUAGGGAGACGACCACCGAGGAAUCCUGCAUCGACGAAACAGAAUCCAGUGCUUCAAAUGGCAUGACGGAUGGGAUUACGACGACAGUCAAUUCUGAGGAGACUGCGACGACAAAUGAUGGCGAGUGUGAAUCCGAGACGACAACGGCUGCUAGUGGAGGUGAUCCAGAAACGACCGCGACCGAUUCGACCGGUUUCCAGACAACCGAAGAGAGCUGCGCUCCCGAGGAGACUACGAGUUCAGCAUCGACAUCAUCUACAGAUGCCGAUACUACGAUAACAGAAGAAGAAGACUGCUCCACCGAAUAUACGGUUCCUAACACCACGCCAGAAAUAUCAUCUACCGAUUCCGUGACUACGGUAACAGAAGAAGAAGACUGUACCACCGACUAUACGACCACAUCCGGGACCCCAUCUACAGAUGCCGAUACUACGGUAACAGAAGAAGAAGACUGCUCCACCGAGUAUACGACAACUGAGACCACGCCAGAAGUAUCAUCUACUGCUUCAGAUACUACGGUAACAGAAGAAGAAGAAGAUUGUACAACCGAAUAUAUGACCACAACAGAGACAUCAUCUACUGCUUCUGAGGCUACGGUAACGGAUGAAGAUUGCACCACCGAGUAUACGGAAAGCCCAACUACCACUAAAAACCACGAAACCGAGGAAACAAGCCCAGAAUCGACGACAACACAUGAAGACUGCACGACAGACUAUACUACGGAUUCAACAGCAAUAUCAUCUACUGAUUCCAGCACUACGUUAGAGGCGGACUGCACCACUGACUACACGGAAUCUUCUACUCCUAUUAACGCAGAUACUGAGUCCACCGUAAAUAGUUCACCCCCGGUAUCCACUACCAUUACUGGCGCCACCACCCAAAACAUGGAUAGUACAAGUGAGGACUGUACCACCGAAUAUAAGGAAACUACAACUUCUGCUGAUACAGCAAGUACUACCUCAGAAACAUCAACUGGGUCUGAGACUACGCCAGAGGAGGAUCGCACCACUGACUACAUGACAACGGUAGCCGUAGAAUCGACCACGGAAAGUGGCUACAGCACGCAAACUGAAACGCUCAAGACAACAACAGAAGAGGACUGUACCACCGAAUAUCCGGAAAUGACAACUUCACCUGAUGCGGUCACUAAUACAGAGCCCUCAACGACAUUGGCGGCUGAGACUACCGAAGCGGAAGAUUGUACGACUGAAUAUCCGUCUACCGUCACCGAGACAACAGUGAGGUCAACGAUCCCAAGCACCACCGAGGAGGACCUGAGCGAUUGCGUGGAGUCCUCAACUGUCCGAUCCGAGAUACAAAAUGCCGCGAUCGAACCCAAAGUCGAAGACUUAAGAAUGGAUCUCCCCAGCAAAUUCAUCUUCCGCCCACAAACUUUCAACGCCUUCAAUCGAGCCGCGGAUGCUAGUUUUCACGCAAAUCCUGGACCGCGAACC